AUGACGUUCGUCUACAAGCUGUUAGUUAUUUGUCGAAGCAUAGCUAGCUUGGUGGACGCCCACGCGUAUUUGGUAGAUCCACCUAGUGGUCAACAAUUGCAGAGUAAAGCCGGUGUCGAGUACUGCCCACACUGUUACAACGGCGGCGGUACUGGUACUGUACAGGGGUUGACUCCUGCGGGUGAAUGGCCGUUCGGGAGUUGGCCGUUGGCGUAUGGCGAGUACAAAGAGAGAGAUGCCACCGCUGUCAGGCACGGUCUCUGUGGUGAUGCUGCUAAUGGGGCGUCACUCUACGAACCCGGAGAUGCGCGCAAUGUAGGAAGAACUACACGCAAGACUUAUACUGCGGGAAAAUUUGUAGAAUUCACGGUCGGAGUAUCGACACACCAUCGCGGCCAUUAUGAGUUUCGACUUUGUGAGCUUCAAGAAGGGUACGAACCGCCUAUAAAGUUCGAGAAAAAAAAUUCUGAGUUCGAAUAUUUACAAUCAACUUAA